UAUUGUUGUGUUGUGUUGUGUACAUUCAUGCCCUAAAUCAAAUUUUACUAAAAGAACUUUCUUGUCGUCACUGACCAUUUACGAUUUUUAAAAUACUAUUAAACAUUGGUCUCCAUCCAUUUUGUAAUUUGUGAAUUAGGAACAGCAGACCACAACGAUGUCAUUAAAUAUAAUGCAAAAGUUUACACAGCAGAAACUAUCGAACUUCUUAUCAGCAAAUAUUUUUUCUAAAGAUACAAUACGAGGAGCAUCAAAAAAAUCUGGAUCAAGUACAAAAAAUAGGGGAAAUGCAAAUUGGAAACGUAAAGGUAUACUAGUCAAUGAUGGUCGCUUUGUUCAAAAGGGAACUUUACUUGUUAUUCAAAACUACUUUAUGUUCCACCCAGGAUUAAAUGUUGGUAUGGGAAGGAAUGGAACGUUGUAUGCACUUAGACCAGGUGUGGUCAGGGUGUCAUGUGAACGCCCUGAUUUAAAUAUGAAUCGUCGAUGGGUCCAGAAAGAAUACGGGGGAAGACCAGAUCUUACAAAUUUGAUGAAAAAAUACUUUAAUGUAAUCACAGAAGAACAGCACAAUCGGUUCAAGUUAAUAGACCGGGUAUAAUCUGGGAUCUUUAGAAUAAGUAGAUUUUUGAUAGUCAAUAAAGUUGUUAUUAAAACAAAA